ACAAAGCAGCAGGUUGCCAGGUUCCCUCCGUGCUCGAAGACGCGAUCCGAUCCGUUCCUCUAGCAGCGAGCCGUGCCACCGACGAGAUCCAUGGCGGCGGAGAAGCAGGAGGUCACCACCGCCGCGACGCCGAUGUGUGCCAACGGCUGCGGCUUCUUCGGGAGCGCCGCGACCAAAAACUUGUGCUCCCAGUGCUACAAGGAGCACGAGAUCAAGACCGCCGCCGUCGCUCCCGUCGCCGAGAAGAAGGUCGUCGACGCGGCGCCGGCGCCGGCAGAGGAGGGGAAACACGAGGGGUCGUCCUCCAGCAGUGCCGCAGUCGCCGAGAAGAAGGUCGACGCGGCGCCGGCGCCGGCAGAGAAGAAGGAGAAUGUCUCCUCCGCGGAGACGACGGAGAAGCACGAGGCGGCCUCCGUCGCCGCCGCUUCCGCGGCGCCCGUCAUGUGCGUGAACGGGUGCAGCUUCUUCGGGUCCGCGGCGACCAAGAACAUGUGCUCGAGUUGCUACAGGGACUUCCUCAAGAACGCCCACGCUGUCCCCGCUGUCGCGGAGAAGGUCGAGGUCGUCGCGCCCGCGCAUCAGUCGGCGCCGUCUGAAAUCUCUUCUGCGGCAACUUCUAGCGCGCCGCCGAGAGUGGAGGCGCCGGCGGCGAAGGCGGCGCCGAGCAGGUGCGCGGGGGCGGGGUGCAAGAAGAAGGUGGGGCUGCUGGGUUUCGUCUGCCGCUGCGGCGGCACGUUCUGCUCGGUGCACCGGUACACGGACAAGCACGCCUGCGACUUCGACUACAAGACGGCCGACCGUGAGCAGAUCGCCAAGAAGAACCCCCUCGUCGUGGCGCCCAAGAUCAACAAGAUCUGAAGCAGACGGGGACGAAGAUUUGAUGCGAUCGGAGACGACGAAGAGUAGUGCAAGGCUGGUAGUGGUGAUGAUAGUUGAUAGCUAGGUUGUCUUUUCUUCCAAUGUGUUAGAACUUCGAACCUUUUUUUGUAGGCAAUCAAGUUCAGUUCUCGUUAUUCCCAAUAAACAACAUCGAUGUAAUGUUCCCGGUUAGUGCAAGUUCAGAGUUGCAAUGCAUAUAAUAAUUAAUAUUCUUUGA